AUCAAUCUCCUUCAAAAUGAUAAUUUAUCUCAUUUUAUUGUCUUUCUAUUUUUUUAUAAAAAAAACUAUUAAUUAAAUAUUCAUUUAUUAUUUACUUGACCAGCAAGUUCUUUUUCAUUUUUUAAAACUUUAUGAAAUUAGAUAUUUCAUUUUCUGUGAAAAAAUCAAUUCAUUAAAUACUGUUGAAAAUCAUGGUCAGAAUUUGAGCUUUUGGCAACUAUGGACAGAAAUAUGAACUUUUCGUAUUUGGAGGAGAAGCAAUCCUUUUUCGGUUUCGCUGUUUCCAUUUUCAGCUUUGCUCUUGUGUUUGAGCAUUUGAAUCUCGACAAAGGUUUCACCUUUGGGUGUGUGAUUCAACACCAGCUAUAGCUGGGGGAGUGAAGGUAAGGUUGUGAACAUUAAUUUGCUUGAAGGAGGGUUUGUGAACUGAAUUGCUAAAAAAGGGUCUCUUUUUUUUCGGGAAUUAUUAAUUGGUGUUUACUGGGAUUAAUGAAACCUAGCUAGAAAGGAAAAUGAUGGGAGAACAAGGGAGUGUAUUUUAUAUAUAUAUAUGUAAAAAUUUGUGUAUUGUUUUGUAGUGGUUAAAUUUGUGAAAAAGGUAAAAGGUUUUUUCUUUCUUUCUGGGUAUACAUACUAAAGGGUUUUUGAGAGUUCAGUCUGCUUUGAGAUUUGUGUUUUGGAUGAUGGAGGAAGCUCAGGGCAGUUCUAGUUCCCUGCCACCUUUCCUCACCAAGAUUUAUGAGAUGGUGGAUGAUCCUUCAACUAAUUCCAUUGUUUCAUGGAGUGCCACCAAUAGGAGUUUCAUUGUUUGGAACCCACCAGAGUUUUCAAGGGAUUUGUUACCCAAAUACUUUAAGCACAACAACUUUUCCAGUUUCAUCAGGCAGCUCAACACUUACGGCUUUAGAAAGAUUGAUCCUGAACAAUGGGAAUUUGCAAAUGAUGAUUUUGUAAGAGGUCAGCCACAUCUUUUGAAGAACAUCCAUAGGCGCAAACCUGUCCAUAGCCAUUCUUUGCAGAAUAUCCAGGGUCAAGGGGUUUCUUCGCUGACUGAAUCAGAAAGGCAGAGUUUUAAGGAUGAGAUAGAGAAGCUUAAACAUGAAAAAGAACAACUUCUUCGGGAGUUAGAGAUGCAUGAACAGGAGUGGAAAAUGUAUGAGGUACAAUUACAACACUCCAAUGAUCGUUUGGAAAAGUUGGAAAAGAAGCAAGAAAAUUUGGUUUCUUCUGUCUCUCAAGUGUUGCAGAAACCUGGGAUUGCCUUAAAUCUCUUGCUGUUGACAGAAAACAUGGAUAGAAAACGGAGGUUGCCAAGAAGUGGUCUCUUUAGUGAUGACGCUAGCAUUGAAGAUCAUAUGGAAACUUCCCAAGUAUUACCAAGGGAAAAUGCAGAUGGUGCUUCUAUUUUCUCAUCGAGCACAGAACGGUUGGAUCUCCUUGAGUCAUCCAUGACGUUUUGGGAGAAUAUUACACAUGAUGUUGGUGACGUCUUUGUUCAAAGUCAUUUAAACUUGGAUUUUGAUGAAUCUACAAGUUGUGCAGAUAGUCCAGCUAUAUCUUGUGUGCAACUAGAAGUUGAAGAUCAGCCUAAGUCACAUGGAAUCAACGUGAGUUCUGAGCCAGCUGUAGUUGCGGCUCCUGAUCUUGAUGCAUCAAAAGAACAACCUGUCGAAACAGCUCCUCUGACUACUGGUGUUAAUGACAUAUUCUGGGAACGAUUCUUGACAGAGAAUCCUGGUUCGUCAGAAAUGCAGGAAGCUCAGUCUGAAAGAGAGGAUUCUGAUGGCAGAAGUAAUGCCAAAUUUUGGUGGAACAUUAGGAAUGUAAAUAACCCUCCAGAACAGAUGGGGCAUUCUUAGCAAAGCAGAGCAAACUUAGUUGCAAUUGAUUAUUCCUUUUAGCUUGUGAUGCCCCUCAAUUUUCAUGUAAUAAAUGUAGGUAUACAUAUUCUAUAUUUUUGGUUAAAUGAUUGCAUCCUCUAUAGAAUUUAGUCAAUUUUUAUACUGCUCA